GUAGACAUUUUAGGCUCCAGGAAGAUCGAAUAGAAGGGCUGAAAAGAUAAAUAAAAGUGUGCGGUUUGAGUCUGCAGAUAGGUGGGGACGUUAUACCAUGAUCUUCCCUUUCCUCCAUAUUAUUUAAUUGGAUGACUGCAAAAGGGAUUUUGCCACCGCUCUAAAAAUCAUAAAGUGCUGCGUUGGUCUUUUGGUCUUUCCUUACUUCUUUUUCGGACAUUUUAAUGUAUACAAAUCGGUCUUUUUCUUGUUUCCUGCACAGUUGUGUUUCACCCCCCCGGACGAAAUAGGCUGUGGGCGGUGCGCACGGUGACGCUGUCAACUCGGGGGAUUAAAGUUUGUUUUCGCUGGAGGAGCUGGAGAAGAAGGAAGGAGGGGGAGACGCCGAAAAAAAAAAAAAAAAAAACCUCGAUGCGCCACCCCGGCAGCUCGGCACCGAGCUGGGAACAGCUGCUCUCUGAGACGGGCUUUUGGGCUUGACCUGGACGGACAAGACUCGCCUUUCACGGCUUGCGUGGGUCGCCUUCCAGCUUGUGUGCUUGGUCGGACACCGGGGCGAAAGUAUGCGGAUGUCCGUCGGUGCUGCGCGCACGCAUGUUUGCCUAGCCCUCGGUGCCGGUGUGGCGCAUCCGUGACCGUCGGCGAUUGGGGAUCUUAGUGGCUGAUCCGCCCAGUGAUCCGUGCCUGCCAGGCUGGGGUGUGAGCCGGGCAGCGUUUCCGAAAUGUCCGGCGCUGCGCCCGGCUGCGCGUUUCUCCGGCUGCCUCUGACCGGCGCCGCCGUGCGCGUCUGAGCACAGCCGGGGUUGCUGCGCUUCUGCAGACCGUUCGUUGGGCUUUAGUUACAAAGUACAGCUCAUCCGAUACUUAACUAUACUUUAAUGAACUAGUUAACAUACGAGUGAUUGCGGAGCUCAGCCAAGUGGAUCAAAUAUACUGCAUGUCCGAAAAAACGCCACUGGAAACGUUUCAGAUUUUACGGAUUUUAUCGGACUAAAUUAGAUAACGUUAAGGCGAAAACCAGCUCCCUUGAGAUUUAUAUAACCGUACAUCACUGCAAAAUUCCUCUUGAAGUUUGGACAAAAUGUCUGAAAACGCUCCUACGCGCAGCCUGGAUGACAUAGACCUGGGUGCUUUGCGGGAUCCGGCUGGGAUCUUCGAGCUGGUGGAAGUGGUGGGCAAUGGGACCUAUGGCCAGGUGUACAAGGGCCGGCAUGUGAAGACCGGCCAGUUGGCCGCCAUCAAGGUGAUGGAUGUGACGGAAGAGGAGGAGGAGGAGAUCAAGGCGGAGAUCAACAUGCUGAAGAAGUACAGCCAUCACCGCAACAUAGCCACCUACUACGGCGCCUUCGUCAAGAAGAGCCCCCCUGGCCACGACGAUCAGCUCUGGCUGGUGAUGGAGUUCUGCGGCGCCGGUUCCGUCACGGACUUGGUGAAGAACACGAAGGGGAACUCGCUGAAGGAGGACUGGAUCGCCUACAUCUGCCGGGAGAUCCUGAGGGGCCUGUCCCACCUCCACGCCCACAAGGUCAUCCACCGAGACAUCAAGGGCCAGAACGUGCUGCUGACUGAGAACGCAGAGGUCAAGCUGGUGGACUUCGGGGUGAGCGCCCAGCUGGACAGGACGGUGGGCCGCAGGAACACGUUCAUCGGCACCCCCUACUGGAUGGCGCCUGAGGUCAUCGCCUGCGACGAGAACCCUGACUCCACCUACGAUUACAGGAGUGAUAUUUGGUCGCUCGGGAUCACGGCUAUAGAGAUGGCGGAAGGCGCUCCGCCACUCUGUGACAUGCAUCCAAUGAGAGCUCUCUUCCUGAUCCCUCGGAACCCCCCUCCAAAGCUUAAGUCCAAGAAAUGGUCGAAGAAGUUCAUCGACUUCAUGGAGGGCUGCCUAGUGAAGACCUACCCCAGCCGGCCGUCCACGGAGCAGCUGCUGAAGCACCCCUUCAUCCGUGACCAGCCUACUGAGCGCCAGGUGCGCAUCCAGCUGAAGGACCAUAUCGACCGUACGCGCAAGAAGCGGGGCGAGAAGGAGGAGACGGAAUACGAGUACAGUGGCAGCGACGAGGAGGACGAGAACCGUGGGGACGAGCGUGAGUCCAGCUCCAUCCUGAACGUCCCGGGCGAGUCCACCCUGAGGCGGGACUUCCUGCGGCUGCAGCAGGAGAACAAGGAGCGCUCGGAGGCGCUGAAGCGGCAGCAGGCCCAGCUGGCCGCCCAGCGGCGCGACCCGGAGGAGCAUAAACGGCAGCUGCUGCAUGACCGGCAGAAACGCAUCGAGGAGCAGAAGGAGCAGCGGCGCCGCCUGGAGGAGCAACAGCGCAAGGAGCGAGAGAUGGUGCGGCAGCAGGAGAAGGGCCAUCGCCGACUGGAGGAGAUGCGCAGGGAGGAGGACCGCAGGCUGGCCGAGAGGGAGCAGGAGUUCAUAAGACAGAAGUUAGAGGAGGAACAGCGACAACUAGAAAUCCUCCAGCAGCAGCUGCUCCAGGAACAGGCCCUGCUCAUGGAGUACAAGCGCAAGCAGCUGGAGGAGCAGCGGCAGUCGGAGCGGCUGCAGAGGCAGCUGCAGCAGGAACAUGCGUACCUGGUGUCACUGCAGCAGCAACAGCAGCAGCAGCAGCAGCAACAGCAGGAGAAGAAACCGCAGCUGUACCACUACAGCAAGAACCUGGAGCCGAGCAGCAAGCCGGCCUGGGCGCGAGAGGUGGAGGAGCGCAGCAAGCUGAACAGGCAGGGCUCCCCCAAGAUCUGCACCACCGUCUCCGACACGGCCAUCCAGUCGCGGUCGGACUCCGUCAGCCAAUCGGGCGCCGCCCAGGCUGCUCAGACCCCGCCCAUGCAGCGGCCCGUCGAACCCCUGGGCGGCCAGGGAAAGUUCCAGAUGGCCCACCUCGUUCCCCUCAAGCCGUACGCGGCCCCCGUCCCUCGAUCGCAGUCCCUCUGUGACCAGCCCACUAAGACCAUGUCCGCCUUCCCCACUCAGGACCCCAUCCCUGCUCCCCGCUCCACCCCUUCCAGGGAGCUGGUCCGCCAGAACUCUGACCCCACCUCCGAGAGUCCCGCCCCCCAGCCUCGGCCAGUGAAGGAUGAGCGAGGGGCGUGGUCACAUUUGCAUGAGGCGGAGCAGCCUCCCAAGGUGCCUCAGAGGACGACCUCCAUCGCCACAGCUCUGAAUGCCAAUCUGUCCUCUGGGAUCAGACACCCCAUCAGAGCCAGCAAUCCGGACCUGAGCCGUAACGAUCGCUGGGAGCGGGGCGAGGGCCUGGGUGGCGCGGGCAACCUGCCGCAGACCGGCUCCCUGGAGAGGCACCGCAUGCCGGCUUCGGCGAAGAUGGACUCGUCCCCCAUCCUGCCCCAGGAGGGGCGCCAUAAGCCCGGGGAGUCACGGACCUCGUCCCGCCCCAGCCGCCCGGCCAGUUAUAAGAGGGCUAUAGGAGAGGACCAUGGCCUGUACCCUAAGGAGCGCCUGGAGGAGCCCCCCCGGCCCCCAGCCAAAGCUAAUGACUACUCGUCAUCUUCAGACAGCAGCGAGAGCAGCGAGGAGAGCGAGAGCGGGGAGGGCCCAGAGGAGGAGAGCCCCACGGAGCGGCCGCGGGACGCCGACGCCGACUCCGUGAGCACCAUGGUAGUCCACGAGGAGGUGGGCGAAGAGGAGGAGGUGCAGCAGGCCGGAGGGUAUGGGGACCAGACCCUGCUGGUUCAGCGGACCCCAGAGAAGCGCAGCCACAAUGGCUACACCAACCUGCCAGAUGUGGUGCAGCCAUCUCACUCUCCCACAGAAACUGCCUCCAACUCCUCCCCUGGGAAGGACCCGGCCUACAAUUAUCAGUCCAAGGGAUUGGUCAAAGCUUCCGGCAAAUCGUCCUUCACCACCUUCGUGGAUCUUGGGAUGUACCAGCCGCCAGGGGGGGGAGGAGAUGCUGCCUUUCAGCAAGGCCUCGGCCCCCGGUUCGAGCAGCUCAAGAUGGAGGUGAGGAAAGGCUCGAUGGUGAACGUCAACCCAACGAACACCAGGCCCCCCAACGACACCCCCGAGAUCCGCAAGUACAAGAAGAGGUUCAACUCGGAGAUCCUGUGUGCUGCGCUCUGGGGGGUGAACCUUCUCGUGGGCACAGAGAACGGGCUGAAGCUGCUGGACCGGAGUGGCCAGGGGAAGGUCUACCCCCUCAUCAACUCCCGGCGCUUCCAGCAGAUGGACGUGCUGGAAGGCCUCAACCUGCUCAUCACCAUCUCAGGCAAGAAGAACAAGGUUCGCGUUUACUACUUGGCCUGGCUGCGGAACAAGAUCCUCCACAACGACCCCGAGGUGGAGAAGAAGCAGGGCUGGACCACCGUGGGCGAGAUGGAGGGCUGUGUGCACUACAAAGUGGUGAAGUACGAGCGCAUCAAGUUCCUGGUGAUUGCCCUAAAGAAUUCUGUGGAGGUCUACGCCUGGGCACCCAAGCCCUACCACAAGUUCAUGGCCUUCAAGUCCUUUGGCGACCUGCCGCACAAACCCCAAUUGGUUGACCUGACAGUGGAAGAAGGUCAAAGGUUAAAGGUCAUCUAUGGCUCCAGUUCAGGUUUUCACGCCGUUGACGUCGACUCUGGGAACAACUACGAUAUCUACAUCCCGGUGCAUAUCCAGAGCCAGGUGGUUCCCCAUGCCAUCGUGUUCCUGCCAAACUCAGAUGGCAUGGAGAUGCUGCUGUGCUACGAAGACGAGGGCGUCUAUGUGAACACCUACGGGCGCAUCAUCAAGGACGUGGUGCUGCAGUGGGGCGAGAUGCCCACUUCCGUGGCCCACAUCUGCUCCAACCAGAUCAUGGGCUGGGGUGAGAAGGCCAUCGAGAUCCGCUCCGUGGAGACGGGCCACCUGGACGGCGUCUUCAUGCACAAGCGAGCCCAGAGGCUGAAGUUCCUGUGCGAACGGAACGACAAGGUGUUCUUCGCGUCCGUCCGCUCCGGCGGCAGCAGUCAGGUUUACUUCAUGACCCUGAACAGGAACUGCAUCAUGAACUGGUGAAGCACAGGAAGCUGUUAACCCCACCCCCACCAUGCAUUUUUGCAUCCCACCCCCCCCAGUCCCCACCCCCUGCUGCCCAGUCACACCGGUCUCCGGGGUUCGGCUCCUGCUGUUCACCACCCGCCCUUGUGGCCUUUGCCGACCUCUGAUUGCAGCACAGCCACCCCUGUCUCACUUUGGAAUAUAUUGGGGUGCUGUUGGGGGGGGGGGGGGGGGGUGACACUGAAUGGGGAGCAUAAUUAAAAAAUGAAUGUAUAUAGUGUAUAUAGGUGCAGUGUCAUGUGACACACACCAGUGGGGGAGCUGCGCUGUAUCGGAUCACCGUGAGGAGGAGGAAGAGGAGGAAGGGAGCCAGGAAUGUGGAUUUCGGACCUUUCCUGUACAUAAUUGCUUCUAGGCCUAACAUGCACUGUAAUGGUGCCCCCUAGUGGAGCGUGAGAGCAUCACUCUGUUUGGCAGGGUGGACAGGCGCGUGGAUGAUCUGCACACUGCAAGAAAAUGAUACAAUUCUGUGUUUUAAGCAGGGAAACGCCCUCUGACAGGAGUCGCCGUUUCGUUACGAUGUCCUGCUUCCCUGGGAAGCCAUAGACUGGGGCAGAAUGCUGGAGCUCUCACCGCUGCCUUCGGUAUAUGGCUGCUUCUUCUCAGGGGAGGGGCUGGGAGCUGAUCUGAGCACAGAUUGAUGCAGCAUCCCUGACAGCUUUGCGCAGGACGGCGUAUCCGUUUUCAACUCCUUUUUGCUUAAAUCUUGCAUUUAACAACUGUCUUUCUCCUCUUUUGUUCUUGAUUACAGAGGUACUCGCUGUCACUUUAUCCUGCUGUACAGAUCCAGCGUUUCCUGUCUGUUGUCUUUAAAAAGGGAGGUGUUGGUACCUCCCAGUUUUCCCAUGGGGGGGGGGGGGGGGGUGGGGGGGUGGGGGGGGGGGGGGGGGGGGGGGGGGGCUGGUUUGGUUUGGGUGUGGUGGGACAGAAGAGCAAUAUUUAUGUGGUUCCUGAGCCAGCAUUGACUCUAUGCUGACUAGCCAGUGACUUUUUAAGCUACAGAUGACAAGGUGGCCUGAAGCAGUGCAGGAGUGCAGUGACUUUUACAGUGCGGCGUCGGAAUGUCUAAGGCGGUGUUUACCCCCUUUUUAAUUAUUUAACGCUAAUCAAAAUACUUAACUUGAUUAUACAUCCAGAUUAAUAAUAUAAUAAUGGUUGAAUGUGGUAAAAUAUCAUUUGACAAUCCACUCGUGUUCCCUUGUGGCGUCUUUUCUAAUAUGAAGUUUAGUAUAAUGAAUCAGACAGGUGCCUAUGUCUCUAAACAGCACAGAACUGGUUGUAAACAUUGUCUUUUUUCCCCCUAACUUUUUGUAUAACCCAAAGUCAGUUUUAAAUAGCUCAACCGUAUGUUAUUCAUUAAUGUCAGUACAUCAUAGGAGUGUACUGGGAUUAAACAUUAAUUUAGGAUAAGUUUUUUUUUUUUUAGAAAAGCAUCCUUAAAUUUCAUAUGCGCAGUGUCCAUGACGGCCCUGCAGUCAAGUUUUACUUUUUCAUAGGCGUGCUCCACAUUAUAUAUUUGUAUCGUAAUUAAACAGCACACGGAUCCGCGCCUCCUAUGAUCAGAUCGCAUGUAGACGGGAAGCGCGUUGACCGGCAGAUCGCCACGCGCGACUCCGGCACGGACGUCAAACGUCUUUCGGGUGUCACGCAGCACUUCGGGGUCCCGGCUGAGACUAAAUCCAAAAUGUGUUUAUGUGCGUUAAGUUAGACUCUGACAGGGAUGCGGUCUAUAUAGUGCCUUGGAGUGAGGGGAGGAUGGGGAGUGAGAAGUGGCACUUCUGGGGUCCACCACUAGAGGUCACCAACUCCUCAAUUUCUUUUCUGCAGUGAAGUGCACUUCAACUGGUGAAUGGUGGGUAAUUCAUAAUUCUUUUAAACAUUUAAAAAAUUAUUGGUUUAAAAAGCUUAAUUGUCGUGCUCUUUUAUUACAAAUUUCUUCAGGCUUCAGGUUAUUGAGUGCACAACACCAGGUAUCGGAGUAAAUUUGCUUAUUGUAACAUAGGAGGUGGAAAGAACACGCGUGUAGAAAAUCUAUUUUAAUCUCAGCUCAGUGUGUAAUUCCUUUUUUACGCAUUUGUUUCUUAUCUGUCAUUCCACAGUUACGUAAACAUGUUUUGGGGCUAGUCUGGACAUGCAUUUUAAGAACUCUUGGUAAACUCCCCGCUAUAUCGAUGGUCAUGGUGCUGUGUGCAUUCCACCUUCCAGAAUGGGGGGUUCGCUGGUGUCGGUAGAUGGUAGUUGCGAGCUGGGACAUACCAUCCCUGCUCAGACCAGAACAUACCAACUCUGGCCUCCCCUCCUGCCUAAAUGGACUUUUCUGUAACGCUGCACCCAGGCGGCAUUAUUGGUAAAUGCUGAUGGAGACAGUUUUAGCCCAAUGAGGCGAGGAGGGCGUGUCCAGAGGUUCGUGAUUUGCACCUUGACGCGAGAGACAAUGAAAGUGAGUGUGGUUCAUGCACAAGAUGUGCUGAAAGGCUUUAAUAUGUGAUUUAUUAUAUGACAUGGAUGUGAGUCGUUGGCGACCAGAGAGAAGGGGGGGGGGAGAAGGGUGUUGAGAUUUAACAUGAGCUUUAUGUGGGUGGAUUAAAUACCAUAUUCCGAGUAUUUUAUAUCCAUAGUCUAUGAAAAAGUUUUAAUGAAGUAGCAGGAAUUAAACUACAUGUGUACAAAUUAUGGUGUUUUUCUGCUUUAAUAAGUGCCAAAACUGUUUGUUCUUGAGUUUUGAUGAUACACGACCUCUCGUGUGUCCCUGCGCGUACAGCCAUGUCCAGGGCUGGUCAACCAAUUAAGUGACACAGGCAGCCGACCUAGGACGCUAUCCUCUGAGUGGCUCAUGUAGAGCAGUCUGAGAUCCGUCGGUUGAUUGGCCGGUUAGUUGAUUUGCCGCCCUCAUGAAGAGCAGGUAAAUGGGUGUAUUUCUGCAGCAAUUGGUUAACAGGCUUCUACUUCUUGUAUAACUCACAAGUCCGGCUCUUCAGCAUCUCUUCUGUAGUUUGAAACAGAACUGCUUAUAACGUUUAAAACGUAUGCCAGCCUGUGUUUUAAAAAAAUCGCACGUUGUACUGUCCUGUGUGGCGGGGUGGAGGAUGUAAAGAGUUCUCUCAAUUUUUGAUAGAUUAAGGUGGUGAACGGGUUCGGCCACCGGCUGUGAUUGUACAGGAUGAAAACGAGAGCAGAUCUGUCUGAAAGUAGAUAAUUCCUGACUGACGGCAUUUGUCUCAUUGUAUUUGCUGCAGUGUCUGUGGAGGGGGCGGGGCCGGGGCUGCAGCCCCGCCUUCUCUCUGAAUGUCCGCUAACUCGUUAGAUGCUCAUUAAGCACUGUCCCCCAAGGCCUGUUUCACAAUUUAUUUAAUCAGUUUUUUUAUUAUUAUUUUCUGCUGUCCGUGUUUCAGCUUUUUUUAUUUUUUUUAACAAACUCUUAAGUCAGUUUAGCCUGAUUACUACGAGUGUGCAUUUUAAGCAGUUAUUUUGCAUUCUAGAAAUUAGUAUCGUAAUAUGGUGUCAUUUUUUUUUUAUGCGAUUCGUUCGUGGGGCUUGGUCGACAGUUGGCCUUUGGCGCUGAAGAUCAGACAGAGCUUGUUACAAAAUGAAGUUUUAUCUGUAUUUAGGUUUUACAAUCUGCGUAUGAUUUUUAAUGAUUCUCUUGCUUAAUUCUGACGAAAUUCUUUUUUAGACUACGUCCAUUUCAGGAUGGGCCACACCUAUUUCCGGAACUUGCGUAUUCGACACUUAGGAGAUGGAGUCUUAAGGUUGUGUUGACAGAGAGCCCGAGUCUGUAAAGUCUUUAUGCAAAACAAAUAAAUAUAUUGAUAUCUGUCA